AUUAUACAUUAUUGUUUAUGCUUCAUUACUUUGUUUUAAACAAUUUGCUGAUACUGCAGGAAGAGAAAAGUACCAUACGUGAAUUGUCAGAGUUAUCAUUUGGAGGUUCACUUGGAGAACAUAACCGUCAUCUAAGUUUUGUGAACAAGCUUCGUGAGCAUUGGCAUAAAGGUCAGAAUGCCAUUGUUGUAGAUGACCAUGCAGAGCAGGAGCAGGCUGUGAAGGUGAUCUUGUUUAUAUUAUCCUUGCAUCUUGAUGUACAGAAGCCAUUUUUGGUCAUCUCAACUUCCACUGCUCUUUCUGUCUGGGAAGCUGAGUUUUUGCAUUUGGCACCAUCUGCCAACAUUGUAGUUUAUUAUGGGAACAGAGAUGUCCGAAGUAGCAUCAGAUCAUUGGAGUUCUACAAUGAAGGUGGUGGGAUAAUGUUUAGUGUAUUAUUAUCAUCUGCAGAUGUGGUUGUUGAGGAUUUACAAGUGUUAGAAUGCAUAGAAUGGGAAGCAAUAAUAAUUGACAAGUGCCAACGUUCUAAAAUGUCAAAGCAUUUUGAACAAAUUAGGAUGCUAGCUGCCAAUAUGAGGCUUCUUCUCAUCGGUGGUCAAAUCAAGGAUUGUCAGAGUGAUUAUCUCAAUUUGCUUUCCCUCCUUGAUUCUGGCUUUCAUGGGUUAAACAGUGAUAAUAUGGUGAUUGACUCUAGUACUGAUAUUUCCCUAUUAAAGGAAAGAGUAGCACAGUACAUUGCAUCUGAAUGCAAGUCAGGCUCUCCUAGAUUUGUAGAGUACUGGGUCCCUGUCCAGCUUUCCAAUGUGCAACUUGAGCAGUAUUGUGCUUCUCUGCUCUCAAACUCGAUGUUUCUUUCUUCAUGUUUGAAGAGUGAGCCAGCUGAUGUGCUUCGUGACAUUAUCAUUUCAGCUAGAAAGUGCUGUGACCAUCCCAAUCUUCUGGAUCAGUCUUUGCAAAGCUUUGUCACAAAUAUAGAAGAGAAUCUGGAUGUUGGAAUAAAAGCAAGCGGAAAAUUAAAAGCUCUUGAUAAAAUCCUUUUGGAGAUUAGAAAUCGGGGUCUCAGAGUUUUGAUCCUAUUCCAGUCAAUUGGAGGUUCAGGACGGUAUUCUAUUGGAGACAUUCUGGAUGACUUUGUCUAUCAAAGAUUUGGUGGGGACUCAUAUGUACGUAUAGAUGGUAGAGGGUAUGCCCAUUCAAAGAAGCAAGCUGCUCUAAACAUGUUUAAUGACAAAGAGAAUGGAAAAUUUGUGUUCUUGAUUGAAAAUCGUGCUUGUCUCCCAAGCAUUAAACUUUCAUCAGUGGACACUGUUAUACUAUUUGGCAGUGAUUGGGACCCACAGAAUGAUUUAAGGGCGCUACAUAGGAUCUCUAUCAGUUCACAGUUUGAACAGUUAAAAGUAUUCCGUUUAUAUUCAUCAUGUACAGUGGAAGAAAAAAUUUUGAUACUUGCGAAGGAGGGUAUGGCUCUUGAUAGCAAUAUACACUCAAUAAGCUCGCAUACUUGUCAUUCACUGCUAAAUUGGGGUGCUCCCUAUCUAUUCAAUAAGCUUGAUGACUUCCAUGGUUGUAAUUCCUCAGACUCAGGUUCAAACAUGUCAUCUGAACAGUCACUUUUAGAUGAUGUACUCCGUGAGUUGUCAACCCAAUUGCCUAACAGUGGUGACAACAGUGACCCGAGUAACUACUCAAUUAUUUUAAAAAUACAGGAGGGUGGAGUGUAUGCCAGAAAUCUUUCAUUACUUGGUGAGAGGAAAAUGCAGUUUGUGGACAAUGAAUCGCCUUCUAUUUUCUGGAAAAAUCUGCUUAAAGGAAGGAGUCCGCAGUGGAAAUUUUUGUCUAGGCCAUCCAAGAGGAUCCGAAGAAAAGUUCAAUAUCUUCAUGACUCACCAAAAGAAUCUGAAUUUGAAAAUGUUGUUGUCACUAAGAAGAGCAGGAAAAUGUUCAACAACACAGUUGAUACUGUAAAAUCCAACUCAAGAUUGAAGGACAAAAGAAAAUUAGUUACAAAAAAAAAUACAGUCAAAUUAGCUGAGAACAUGGGUGGCAUAAAUCAGGACAAUGAUUCUCCAACUGAACAUCCUGUGGCUAGUAAUGUUGCAAGAGAACCUGAAAUUGACAUGGUUGAAUCCAGGAAACAAGAAAUUCAGACUGAUGUGUGGAAGACUACUCAAUUCUUGCCAAAGCUGGAGAUGUCAAAACUUUGUGAAAUUCUACUGCUUCCAGAGAAUAUCAAGGACACUGCUCUAAGGUUUCUAAAGUACAUGAAGAAAAAAUUUGAUGUUAGCUGGAAAGAAAUUUCUACCUUACAGGCCUAUCAGAUAUCACUGGUUAGAUGCAAGCUUCAUACUUAUGCUACUUUUCACCAUCUAGUGCCUAAAUGUUUCUUCACAACUUUAAAUGAAUCAUUGAUUGGUCUUAAUGAGAAAUACAAAAAAUAUGAUUGCAGAAUUUAAUUUCUUUGGUUUAAUCAUCAUUUUAAUUGUUUGUGCCACCGCUAUGUCAUAUAUGACACAUGAUGUGGUUCUUUAACCGAACAGAGAAAAAAUUAACCUAAUCUUAAUCUUCUUGGACAUCAAUAGUGAAUCUAGAAUGAUUGUCAUGCAUUCAUCCAGCAAGCGUGCAUUUAUUUUUAAAAAAGAAAGAAAUAAGAGAAUGAUUGUCGUGCACUUCCAGAAACCUAAUAAUAUUGGAAAAACCAAAACGGAUGCAACAACAAAAAUUGAAAGGGUAUAAAAUAAAAAGAUAGAUAAUUUAGAAGUUAGCACCUAAACUUUGCUUGUAGUAUGAUGCUGGUGGAAAGCAACAAGAAACAGAAAACAUCCAUCUCAAGAAAAUAACCCUUGAAUCCGCGAGGAGAAUUUCCUGGAAUCAACCAAAAAGAAUAUGAGAAAAUCUCUCUGAAAUUGUAUUAAGCAAAUUCUAAUUUGCCGAGGAGGCUACAACCACAAUAUUAAUAGUAAAGAAAUCUUAGGGAGGCUAGGAGACCCUUGGGAAAGCCACAGGAAACAAAACAUGUCUGUCUCAAUAAACUAACCCUUAAAUCCACAAAGGGUUCCUUGAAUCUACAAGAAUAAAUUCUUGAAACCCACCAAAAAGAAAA